ACCGCCUCCGCGGGGACAAUAGCCAUGUCGUCCUCCGGUGGCCGCCAGCCCAGCCAGAGCCGGGCCAUCCCCACCCGCACCGUCACCCUCAGCGACGCCGCGCAGCUCCCCCCGGAUUAUUGCACCACCCCCGGCGGGACCCUCUUCUCUACCACCCCGGGAGGCACCCGGAUCAUCUACGACCGCAGGUUCCUGCUGGAUCGUCGCAAUUCCCCCAUGGCCCAGACCCCGCCUUGUCACCUCCCCGACAUUCCCGGGGUCACCAGCCCUGGCUCGGCCACCGAGGAGCCCAGGGGGGACUCCAACAGCCUGAACCACGCCGAGACGAAGCCAUCCGUGGGGGACGAGGCUCAGUUCCAGAUGGAUAUUUGAGCGGGAACCAUGGGAGAGGCAGCAACUUCCCAGCCCCUCUGCACGUCCCGCUCGGCUCGGCGGGAUCCAGCCCGGCGAGGUGGAGGGGGUGGUGGCAGGUCCCUGGUGCUGUCCCCCCUCCCCAACCUUCCUUCCCGGGGGAGCCCACCCCCCCGGCUGGGGUGGCCGAUCCCGCUGUGUGCUGGCUGGAAAAAUCCCUUCUGGAUCCUUCCCUCUUCCUCCUCUCUCUGCCAACAGCCCGGUCUCCAACUGGGCUUCCUUUUAAAACCUCCCUUUGCCUCUUCUGCUGCCUCGUCACACCCCCCUCCCCCCCAAAAAAAAAACCAACCCAAAACCAAACCAACCAACCACAACACCCCCCCCCAUCCUCCUGUUAUCCCAAACCUCCCGUGACCAUCCGGAGCUGCCCCUUUGCUCCAAACUUCUCCCAGGAAGUUUGGAAAAGGGGAAGAGCAUCGCUCCUCAACCCCAGGGGUGGGAGGUUUUAGGGUUCCCCCCCCCACACACCCCUCCCAGGGCCCUGCUGGCAUCCAGCAGAGGACAAGGUUGGGCAGCCCCCUUCCCUUCGGUGCUCCGGGUGCCCAACCUCUCUCUCCUACCUGGAUCCCUUCGGGAUCAGGGGCUGUGUCCCCAAGGACUCAGGGUGACGUUGCCACGGGCCACAGGAACCAACCAACCAGCCUCAGAUUUCACUUCCAUCCCUGGUACUGCAACCGGGCCCUCGCUUCUCUGGCCGGGACAAAGCUGUUGUUUUUAAAUCUUCCUCUUUCCUGCCCCCCCUCCCCCUUGAUAAAAAAAUGUGAAUCCUAACAGGAGCAAAAUCCCUCCAGGCCCUUGGAUGUCUCAGGAAUUCCCAGGUUCCCAGGGAGGGCUGCAGGGCUGUGGUGGCCGGGAGCACCGUGCGCUUGCCCGGCAGGUCACGGCCACCCUGAAACCCCCUGGAGAUGGGAUUGGGUUUACCCUCCUCUCUCUCAGUGUGAUCUGGGGACACACACACACACACACUAGGUGCCCGGGGAAGGGGGACGCUGUGUCAGGGUCCUGUCCCACCCCCCAAACCCCCUCUUAUUAUCUUCUACUGCCUGUUGGGAGCCGUCAACAGCUUCGCAACCUUCUCAAGUGCCGUUUUCUCAGCACCCCUCCACCUGAGUGCCUGCUCCAUCCAUCCAUCCAUCCAUCCAUCCAUCCAUCCAUCCAUCCAUCCAUCCCUCACCCCAGGGAACCCAUGGCCUGCUGGGAUGGUGGCUCUGCAUCCCAGGGAAGGCUCCAAUCCCUGCUGCAGGCUUUGUGCACUUUCCACCCCGUAACUUAUUUGCUCGAUGGUGUGUUCGGUGUGGUGGCUGCUUGGGAGCUCCUCUCUUCCACCUACCCCCCCCACUUUUUAUUCAUAGUUUUAUUUUUCUUUUAGGGGGAGGGGUGUAGGAUGAAGGUGUGAAGCCAAAUCCCACCAAAACCCAAGGGAAUGGGAUUGUCUCUCCCAUGGGCAGCUCUGGGUGGGGAGGUGACCCAGCCUUGGAGGGGCAUGAGUGAGUGAGUGCAAGUAGAAAACAUGUCCGUGCGUGUGGCUGGUGGUGAGACACACAAAUAUAUACGUUAUAUAGAAAUGAAUAUAUUUUCCUUAAAGCUGAGACCCUCCCAGCCCCCCCUCAAGGAGGUCUCAGAGCUCCUUGGAUGGCAGGAGGUGAGGACAUCCUUUGUGGAUGCAGGGACCCUGUUGCUCCGAGCCAAAAAAGCCAAGACAAGAAGAGAAACUUAUGGACAGGAGCUGGAGGGAAACCACUUCUUUUUUUAUUCCCUCUUUUUUAUGAUUUUUAAUUUUUUGGGGGGCUGUUUUUUCUAAACGUCCCCUUUUCCCAACCUCCUUUUUUUUCUCCCUUCCCCAUCCCAGUGGAUUUGUUUUUAUUUCCCCCCUGGUUCUCUUGAUAUUUUAGAGCCAGGUUGGUGGCUGAAGAGCAGAGCAGGAGGGCCUGGCCUGCCCGUGGCAGCUCCUCUCUGCUGGUCAGGGUAAAGAGACCAAGAUUUGGGGGUUGGGUUUGGGUCGGGUGGUGUUUUUUUUUUUUUUUGGUUACUCUCUUCAAGCAGGUGUUUGGGAGGAGAAAAGCUCUCACCAGUGGUUGCUGUUACAGUGAGAUCAAUAAAGAUCUUGGUUCUGUUCAA